AUGGAGCAUAAAAAUCACACAGGAAUGAAGUCAUACACAUGCACAUAUUGUGAAAAGAGCUUUGGCAACUUAUCGAAUUGCAAGGGACAUGAACGAACUCACACAGGAGAGAAGCUGUAUGCAUGUAAGCAUUGUAAAAAGUGCUUUAGCCGAUCUUCCAACUGCAAGCAACAUGAACGGAUUCACACAGGAGAAAAGCCGUAUACAUGCAGUUAUUGUAAUUUGUGCUUUAGCAGCUUAUCGAAUUGCAGGGAACAUGAACGAACUCACACAGGAGAGAAGCCGUAUACAUGCAAGCAUUGUAAAAAGUGCUUUAGCCAGUCAUCAACUUGCAAGGAACAUGAACGAACUCACACAGGAGAGAAGCCAUAUACAUGCAAGCAUUGUAAUAAGUCCUUCAGCUACUCAUCAAGUUGCAAGAAACAUGAACGAACUCACACAGGAGAGAAGCCGUAUACAUGCAAGCAUUGUAAAGAGUGCUUUAGCGAGUCAUCAAGUUGCAAGCAACACGAACGAACUCACACCGGAGAGAAGCCAUAUGCAUGCAAGCAUUGUAAAAAGUGCUUUAGCCGGUCAUCGACUUGCAAGGAACAUGAACGAACUCACACAAGAGAGAAGCCGUAUACACGCAAGCAUUGUGAAAAGACGUUUAGUGGGUCGUCAAACUGCAGGCGACAUGAAGAGAGACAUGCAAGAGCCAGCUCCUUAAAACAGAAGCAACAUGAUCAUUGUUCUAAAUCAAGAAGAGACCUUCAGGAGCCAACUGCAGCUCUCGGUGGCAAGAAAUCUUGUAUGCUGCCCUCUUUGACUGAAGAAAAUUCAAGCCAAGUUGAAAGCCUGACCUGUUGGAUUUGUCUGAAGGAAUUUAGCAGCGAGGCAUGUGUCAUCCAACAUUAUGACGAACAUAUGAGACUGAAGUGA